GGGUCAGCGUCGUUAUGAAUGGUUAAACAAGACCGUUGACAUGCAAACGACCCUGCUCACCCCCGUCCCGCGUAAUGUGGGGGUCCAGCCAACAUAAUGCAGUAGUUUGUAAUAAACUGUGUACCGUAGAAACGCUUAUAUUUAGUACCCACAAAUGCCCUACAAAGCGCUGUCUCCCAUGAUAGAAACUGACAAUGAUAAAUCAUUAAUCAGGUAUACCCGUGGUGGUAGACCUAACGGAUCAGUAUGAUGGCAACGCAUUUAAGGCGAUGCACUUGGACUUCAUUCCGCGCCCGUGGCCACCAAAGGGAUAAUGCCAGAGUGAUUUAUAAAGAGGAGGGCAUUAGUUUUACAAUUUUCCUAGCCAUGCAUACAUUCAUGGAGGGCUGAGCGGGGCCGGGGGAAGCUCGGGUGGGCGGAGCGAUGGGUAGCGGAUAUGUGUGAAAAGAUUGAUCUGAUUGAGUGAGCGCGCGCACGCACGCCUGCCUCUCUCGGCAGUCGGAGCGCGUACAGUACAAAACCCCGCCUCCGGUUGUGAGGGGAGCUCAGUCGGCAGUCGGACACCACCGCGUGCGGACCUACCUACCCGGGACCCUAUCGCUUUCUCCUUACAUUCUACUCGGGCCGCUGUUACUCACCAGGCCGAGGGGUGACCAGAGCGCCGACGUGCUUUCCAAGGACUUAAGUGCUGGACACUGUGUAUUUAUGAUUUCUGUGUGCACAAGCGUUUUUCUCUACUGUGGAAACCUGAACGUUGCAGUGCUUCUCAUCUCCUCAAGGGUACGCGUUGAGUGCUUGUAGACUGUGACGGACCGCUGGAUUGUCUUCUAUUCAUUCUCACCGCUCGCCAAAGACAAGUUUGCGAAGGAAGGCCGUCUCGGCGGAGGUGCUGUAUCUUAUCGUCGGAUUCUCGCGGGCUGCGUUUGAAUUACUUGUAAUCUAUUUCGCCGAGUGCUACAAAGUGUUUCGUCGGAAGGAGGGAUUUGACUUUCAAUCGCUUUGGGGCGCCUAGACGGGUAGGAUUUUAUUUCGCCGGUCGGGAAGUCAAGAAAUGUGCGGCUGGAAACUGACGGAUUCUCAAAGAAAGGCGGACCGUUAGCGGUGAGGUGUCUCUCUCUAUCUCAUCAAUAGCCACACCGUCCUGAAGGCGUGGACUUAACGGGACUUUGCGCGGUAAGAGCUAUCUUGGUGCUACUCUUGAACAAAUCGUUUUUACGGGUUCGUCUUUUUAUCUGAGUGUGUAUAAAAGAGACAGGAAGAAAGAUGGAUCUUCUGAGGACUGUGUUUCUGGGGCUCCUUCUGGAGCUGAUCGGGGUGUCGUCCGCGCGGGGGAUCGAGUUCACGUAUCUGGUACUGGAGGAGGAACUAGCGGGGACGCAUGUGGGGAACCUGGCGCAGGAUCUCAUGGUGGAGCGCGCCUCGGUGCCGCGGACUUUCCAAUUCCUGACGGAGUCCCCGUACGUCGCGAUCAACAACAAGACGGGCGAGCUGACCACCAAGCGGGCGAUCGACCGCGAGCAGCUGUGUCCGCGGGCGCGGGUGUGCGAGCUGAAGCUGGAGGUGGCCGUGCUCCCCUCGCAGGUGUUCCAGCUCGUACAGGUGAAGAUCUCCGUGCAGGACAAGAACGACAACACGCCGAGGUUCCGCAGCACCGGCGAGCUGUCUUUGGACUUGUCGGAGGCGACGGCGGUGGACACGCGCGUGCCCUUAGACGGCGCCGUCGACCUGGACUCCGACAAGUUCUCCAUCCAGUCGUACACGCUCCAGUCUUCCUCGGACCACAUGCCCUUCACCCUGAACACGUUCACCGGGGUGGACGGCACGCUGAACGUGGAGCUCGUGGUCAACCAGCCGCUCGAUCGGGAGAGGCACUCCUUCUACCACCUCGUUCUCACGGCGAUCGACGGCGGGAACCCCAAGCUGUAUGACAGCCAGGUUCUCUUCGUGAACAUUCUGGACACCAACGACAACAGCCCGCUCUUUGACAAGGCCACGUACUCGGUCGACAUCAUGGAGAACACGCCCGUGGGCUCGCUCGUGAUCGACCUCAACGCCACGGAUCCCGACGAAGGCACGAACGGUGAGAUUGUCUAUUCUUUCGGUAGCACCGUGCCGGACUCUAUGAAGAAGUUAUUCGCGCUGGACUCUGUCACGGGAAAGUUGACCGUGGCGGCGCCUUUAGAUCACGAAGCGUCCGGAGGGCCAGUGUACCAGCUCACGGUCCAGGCGCAAGACAAGGGUGUCAACUCUGCGCCAACAUUUGCUACCGUCAUUGUUAACGUGGGGGAUAAGAACGACAACGCCCCUAAAAUUCGUCUGAACUUCGUGACCACCAAGAACGGGCCUGUGGUGUUGUCAGAGGACGUUCCCGUUGAAACGUUCCUCGCGUAUCUGACUGUAGUAGACAAAGACGGCGGGUUGAACGGCAAAGUGAACGUCACAUUACUCGGUACGGACGGGCUCUUUGGGUUACAGCUCGUCGCCGACAACCAGUACCUGAUCGUGACGAGGGCGCCGCUGGACAGAGAGACAAAGCCGACGUUUAACGUCACGGUGGCGGCGCGUGACGCUGGCACGCCGUCGCGCACCACGUACAAGUCCUUCAAGGUCGUCCUGACCGACGUGAACGACAACCCGCCCGACUUCGGCUCGGGGGAACUCCUCUUCGACCUGACGGAAAACAACGCGCCGGGCGUGUCGGUGGGGAGGGUGACCGCCACCGACCCGGACGAGGGAGACAACGGUGUGGUCCGGUACUCCAUCCGCGACGACCGCCCCACCAAGCGCGUCUACGUCGACCCCGUGUUGGGAACAAUCGUGGUCAACAACGCCAUGGAUCGGGAGGAGACAUCCCUGAUCGAGGUGACGGUUGUUGCUACUGACAGCGCAACCCCGCCUUUAGAGGGCACCGCCAAACUGAAGAUUAAAAUCCUGGACGAAAACGACAACGCACCGUCCUUCUAUAACAACAGGUACGCGUUCCACAUCGCCGAGUCGGUGGAGGUGAAGACGCAGGUGGGACAGGUGAUCGCCGCCGACAGGGACACAGGUAGGAACGCUAAACUUGCCUUCGCCAUUUCCUCCGGGGACAUGUUUGGGAAAUUUUCCAUCGAUCCGCAAAACGGGGAGCUGUACACCACGGGAAAACUGGACUACGAGCAGAAGAAGAAGUACGAGUUAGUGGUGAGCGUUCGCGACAACGGCGACCCACAAAAGGACGCGAAAUGCAUCGUUAACAUCUUCAUACAAGACGUGAAUGACAAUGCUCCUAAGAUCACCUUUCCCAACACGAACAAAAACGUGGUGUACGUCCCGAUAACGUCCAAGCCUGGAUUUUUAGCUACAAGUAUUCAAGCCACAGACGCAGACGAGGGAGCGAAUGGGGAACUGUCCUACUCCAUCACCAAUGGAAAUAGGAGGGGAAUCUUUGCUAUUUCUGAUAAAGGGGACAUCAGGACUGUGAAAGUGCUGAAGAAGAGCUGGGAGGGGCUGCACAGCCUGACCAUCACUGUGACCGAUCACGGCGCGACGCCUCAGUCCGCGUCCACCGUCAUCAACAUCAUCCUGGACAGUACCGUCACUUACAACGGCACGCAGGUGAUCGGAGGCGGUCGCUAUGGCGACUACAUCCCCAGCAACCAAUCGGCACAGGAGUGGAACAAGGCUCACAUCCCGGCGAGCCAGGAUGAUGAUCGCUUCAGCAUCCCCAUCAUCAUCGUGAUCGCGCUGAGCGCAGUCCUGGUCCUCCUGGUCUCCAUCGUGGUGAUCGUCAUCAUCAAGUGCCGGAGGCUGAACAAGGAGGACCGGACGUACAACUGUCGCCAGGCGGAGACCACGCGUAGCAACAGCACGGGCAGCCUCGCCCGCGGGCAGAAGAGGAACAACCAGCGCGACCUGGUGGUCACCAUCAACGAAACUCCCGUGGAGAUCGACUACAAGGUCAACAACCGGAAGGAGGAUCCCGACGGACAGGAGAGCUCGAGUCCCGAGUCGCUCGCCGACACGUCCCCGCCGGACUCAGAGUCGAAGCUCCUGAAGAAGGAGGUACCCGCGGGAGAAGAACACGAUGCAGACGAAUCCGGAGCAGAGCACAAGGAGGGGUCGGAGAGGGGAGACGAAGAAUCAGAGGUCUCCCGACUUUUAACGAGACUGAAAGGUCAAAACACAUCAGACGACAGCCUGAACACGGUACUCAGUAACCAUGACAGCGGGCGUGGCGAUAGCGACAGGGAGGUUCGUGCAAACAGCGCCUGCGGUUCACCAGUUGACCUUCGACCCCAAAGCUGCGACGGGAGUUCCAUGAAAGGAGAAACCGCAAGCGAGACCGAACCAGACCUGCCGCCGCCGCCGCCCCCUACUACCGUCCUGUCCCGGUGCACCUCGGAGUGUCGCAUCCUUGGACAUUCCGACCGAUGCUGGAUGCCGGUUCCCCCAAACAACCAUAUCCCCAAUCCAAGCACUACUGGAAACAGCCGUUCUUCCCCUACUCACCCGAGUAACAUCGUCAAGGCCUCGAAAAACCUCUCCCCCAACCACAAACUCCACAGCCCCGAAAACCUGAAAAUCCUGGGUCGUGUUAAGGACCUGCACAACGAAGUGAUGAACCACAUCGCGAAUCAACCGCGAGAAAACGUGUCAAACAGCAGGAAGAACCACCACGUGACUUUCUCGGACCAGAGGCCGUCGCCCUCCGGGCACGCGUACACGUCCCCGAGUCACAAAAACCUGGACAACCCCGAGGAAAACAUAAAAUAUGUUCCUUACUACGACGACCCAAGAUUUACAGGCCACGAGGGGCCGAGAAUGAGCAAGAAGCCGCUGUGCUUGAGCACGUUUGAUCCGCACGGCACCAUAAGGAGUACCAUGAACAGUCGGCUGAGUGCAGCGAGUUCAGACGACAGCCACGAACCGAGUUUGUACCAUGGUCGAGACAUGGUGGAUUUAUUGGACGCUGUACGGCAAAGUCCGACGAGCACGCUAUAGCCCUCGCACAACAGAGACUGGUUCUUAAUGGACCUAUGUGUAAUGUAAUCUCUCCAAGCAGAUGUAGCAGUUGGGCAUGUUUUGAGCCUAAUUGGCAGAUUAUCCAAAGCUUGGUUCAACAGUCGAAGCACAGGGGAAAUUCAGGAGAAACACAGCAUGCAGUUAUAUGCAUGCAGAGAUAUCUCUGAGUGUUUUCUCCUGACAAUUUUUCCUUACAGUUUUUCUGAAGGAGCACAUUUCUUACAGUCACCUAUCUGGCUGUAAAAAAAUGUGGCCGUCCAGAAAAAUGUACAGACGAUCUCCAGAAAGACAAAAACACCACCAAAUGUGCUCAAAACAACUCCAACUCCUAUGUCUGCUUGGAGAAUAUGUGAAAUGUACAAAAGAAAGUUUUAAAAGGGCCGCUACAGGGAGAAGCUCUCACCUCAACAGCACAGGGAUGAAUGAAAAUCAUCAAAAUCGUUGGUCAACAUUACAUAUUAAAGAUCGCUAUUAUCUGUGAAAAUUGAAGAGACACUUGCUAUAAGCAGUGGAAAUGUAAAUUAUAAGAUGUGCAGAGUCUAUUGUAACGUUUGCUUUGUAUUGUUGGACCAAAGCAUUGCCUCUCUUCAAUCUGCUCCUCAUCACACAAAUGCUUACAACAUCCCGUGAGGGUUCUGCUGCAAGUUAUGGCUCAUUUUCAAUAAAAUUAUGAUAGUAUUUAAAGGAUAUUGAGAGAGAAAGCUAUUAAAGAAUCAGAUUUGAUAUGUUGGAAAAACUGAAAUUUGUACAGGCACACUAUUUUUGUGACGCACUACGCCGAAUAGGUUGCAAAUUAGUACUUGAAUCCACUAUAUUUUUUUGUGAUGAAAGCUUAAUGUUAAUGUUGUUGUUGAAUGAUAUGAAAUUGUGAAUAGAUUUGUCACCUUGUUUAUAGCAUGAUGUUCAUCCUACAAACUCUCUCUUUUGAGGAACGAUGAUCUGUAGCCUGUGUCGCUUGCACACUUUGGGCUACUCCAAUUUACUUCCUUGGUUUUCAGACAUUUUGAGGUGAAAAAAAUAGCAAGUGGAGCACAAAACAGGGAGGAAAACUUCAAUCUGACUGUAUUCACAGCAUAAAACUGAGUGUGCCAAGAUAUAAACCUGGUCCUCAUGCUUUAAUUCUGUCAUGUUUCUCAAAUUAAGCAUAUUUUCUAAGAAUCUGAGAACCUAGAAAUCAAACUGGAGUGGCCUUUGGUGAACUAUGAAAUAGUGUAUGCAUCGAGUGAAUUUGGAGAAAGCCAGCUCAACUGAAGAGCAAUGGGACAAUGGUGGUUUGUUGUGACAGCGUUAAGCAACUUUUGUUAUGCUAAAAGACAAGCACCGUUACAUCAAUUCCUCCCAUUCCAUACGCACUCAAGCUUCAGCCUCAUGCCGUCUCGUCUUUGUUAUGUUAAUAAAAGUUGUACAUACUUCACUUCCAA